AUGGUCUCGUCGACUGAAAUUCCGAUCUUGCUUCUGGGUGACUCGGGCGUUGGUAAAUCGACCUUUCUCUCCCGUCUCUCCGUUGGCCACAAGCACACUGGACCCCUACCCGUACUCCGCGAUCUUGAUCAACCAUACCCAUUCAACAUUACUUCACAGCAUCAAAAGUUUCGUCUCGAGUUCUCCGACACCAGCUCACCCACCAACUAUACCCUUCUUCAGCCCUCUGUAGUCAUUCUCUGCUACUCUAUUGCCUCUCCGACCACCCUCGACAACCUCCAGAACCACUGGAAACGAGUCCUCGAGACGCAUUUCAACUACAAUUCCACCAUUCCCGUGAUAGUACUUGGCCUCCAACGCGAUGCGCGCUCACGGGAGGACUACGACGGGCGCGUCCGCCGCCCAGCUCCUGCCGAUGACGACGAAGACGAUCCCAAGGCGGUGCUGAACGGCCGAACAAUUGUUUAUCCUCAAGAAGCUCUCCGUGUAGCUGGUGAAAUGCGCUGCGAUCGCUACUGCGAAUGUUCGGCGCUCACAGGGGACCUGUGCCUGCAGGUCAUCGAGGACAUCGCAGCUACAGCGCGGGCGACGACGACUGCAGAGGGAGGGCAGUCAAAGAAUCCGCACUGCGAGAUCAUGUAA